AUGGUAGAAAAUCCUAUAGAAAUCAAUGAGGAACUUGCUGAAGAGUGGCCUAUUCAAAUCGCUAAAUUUGGCCAGAAGCUAACAGCAUCUGAAGUUCGUUAUUACAUAGAAUUUCAAGAAUAUCCUAACAUGUCAGAAACUGGUUUUGCAAACGUAUAUAAUGUAUCAGGAUGGAAUGAAAAUGAAGCACAAAAGACAUUUUCAAUGACUAAUAUUCAAUACUCCUAUAGAG